AUGGGGCUAUCCGUACUAGUCAACACGUGGUUUCUGAACCAGCAGAAACAGCAGCAGCAGCAGCAGCAUUUGGGGCCUGUAAGAAUCCACGAAGGCUCAGGAGAGACCAGUCAAAAGGAGACAUCCACUUGUGAUAUUUGCCAAUUUGGUGCAGAAUGUGAUGAAGAUGCUGAGGAUGUCUGGUGUGUGUGCAACAUUGACUGCUCUCAAACCAACUUCAAUCCCCUCUGUGCUUCUGAUGGGAAAUCUUAUGAUAAUGCAUGUCAAAUCAAAGAAGUGUCAUGUCAGAAACAGGAGAAAAUUGAAGUCAUGUCUUUGGGUCGAUGUCAAGAUAACACAACUACGACCACUAAAUCGGAAGAUGGGCAUUAUGCAAGAACAGAUUAUGCAGAGAAUGCUAACAAAUUAGAAGAAAGUGCCAGAGAACACCACAUACCUUGUCCAGAGCAUUAUAAUGGUUUCUGCAUGCACGGCAAGUGUGAGCAUUCCAUCAAUAUGCAGGAGCCAUCUUGCAGAUGCGAUGCUGGCUAUACUGGACAACACUGUGAGAAGAAGGACUAUAGUGUUCUAUAUGUUGUCCCCGGUCCUGUCAGGUUUCAGUACGUCGUAAUCGCUGCUGUGAUUGGAACGAUUCAGAUUGCUGUCAUCUGUGUGGUGGUCCUGUGCAUCACAAGGAAAUGCCCCAGAAGCAACAGAAUUCACAGACAGAAGCAAAAUACAGGGCACUACAGUUCAGACAACACCACAAGAGCAUCCACGAGGCUAAUCUAAAGGGAGCGCGCGUGGUUCCACAGUGGCCGGACUACGAGAGCUUGGACUACACAAUACAGUAUUAUAGACAAAAGAAUAAGACAAGAUCUACACAUGUGGCCUUGCAUUUGUGGUAAUCUACACCAAUGAAAACAUGUACUACAGCUAUAUUUGACUAUGUAUGGAUAUAUUUGAAAUAGUAUACAUUGUCUUGAUGUUUUUCUGUAAUGUAAAUAAACUAUUUAUAUCACACAA